GAAUGGCCCAUUCCCUAGCAGACCCAGGUCAAUCAUUCCCAUUCCUGACCUAAUUUAUGAUUUUGAAAAAAUAAUCGUUUCUCUCCUCUGCACCUCGACUGGUCAUCACCGUUGCCACUACUCCGCCACCACUGUUGCUGCUCCUCCACCGUCGAUCCUCCUCCACCGUCGAUCCUCCUCCACCUUUGCUGCUCAACCACCGUCGAUGCUUUAAUCCUUUCCCUCCGCUGCUCGCUUCACUCUCGCCGGAGCUCCACUUCCACUGUCGCUGCUCUAAUCUUACUGCUCGUGUCUGUCCGCUCUUCAUGUCCCUCCGCUGCUUCAGUCUCGCUGGCGCUCUACUUCCAUGGUCGCUGCUCUAAUCCUGCUGCUUGUGUCCCUCCACUUCUUCAGUCUCGCCGGCGCCCCACUUACAGCCGCUGCUCUUUCUUAGAAAUGCCUCAUUUAGGACUCUCAUUGAAAAGAAAGCAGAAUUUCCGACGACUUCACUUCAUGAUAGUUAUUAUAUUGGUAGUUUAUACCAUGUACGCGAGUUGGUAUAUGAUGGGUGCAACUAUUCUUAGUAGACGUCAAUUAAGAGAUACAAAAAAAGAUAGAAAGAGAAAUAGAUUUGCGAAUAUAUGUAGGCUCAUAAAAGAAAGUGAUGAUGUGUGUAAGAGUGAACUUCGCAUGGAUAGACGUACAUUUUUUAUUCUUUGUGAGAUGCUUAGGGAUAUUGGAGGUUUACAAGCGACCCGGAAUAUGUCAUUGGAAGAAAUUGUUUCAAUUUUUUUAUAUGUUUUAUCUCAUCAUCAAAAGAAUAGGACAAUGUGUACUUAUUUUAUAAGAAGUGGAGAAUCUGUGAGUAGACAUUUUAACCGUUGUUUGAAAGCUGUCCUGAAAUUGCAUGAUGAACUAUUAAAAAAGCCUACACCAAUAACCGAUGAUUGCACCGAUGAUAGAUGGAAAUGCUUUAAGAAUUGUCUAGGAGCAUUAGAUGGUACUUACAUUAAUGUGAAAGCACCCGUUGAGGAAAGAUCUAGAUAUCGGACAAGAAAAGGAAAUAUAGCAAUGAACGUCUUAGGUGUUUGUUCACCUGAUAUGCAAUUCAUCUAUGUGUUACCUGGUUGGGAGGGUUCAGCGCAUGAUGGUCGUGUCCUACGAGAUGCGAUUUCACGGCCUAACGGUCUAAAAAUUCCUCAAGGUUGCUAUUACUUGGUGGAUGCUGGAUACACUAAUGGUGAGGGAUUUCUUGCUCCAUAUCGAGGGCAACGUUAUCAUCUAGAUGAGUGGAGAGGUGAUAGGCAGCCACAAACUGCAGAGGAAUAUUUCAACAUGAAACACUCUAGAGCUAGAAAUGUCAUCGAAAGAUGUUUUGGUGUGCUUAAGGGAAAAUGGUCUAUUCUUAGAAGUUGCUCUUACUAUCCAAUUAAGACCCAAGGACGUAUCAUUCUAGCAUGUUGUUUAUUGCACAAUUUGAUUAGAAGAUACAUGCCAACGGAUAUAGAAGUGCUUUAUGAAGAAGAAGAUAUAGAUGAUGAUGAUGAUAGUGAAAGUGAAAUGGAAUGCAUCACAACAAUUCAAACAUCUAAUCAUUGGAGUAAUUUCAGAAAUUCACAUGCCCAACAAAUAUUCAACAAUUGGAGAGUUAACUUUAGUAGAGCCAAUAGUAUGUUGUAACUUUGCUAUUAUUAGUUAGUAUUAAGUAUUACAAAGAAACGAUUACCUUUUAUGCAAGGUUACUUUUUGUAAUAACUUGUGAAUGUGUUUAUUAGUGUGCUUAUUUUUUUUAUGAAAGACUGAUUAUUGAAUUCUAUUUA